AAAAAAAAUUUUUAAACACCAAACCGCUGGAAAAGAGAAGGCGCCCGGGACCGGCACUAAUCUCCGCGUGUCCGUCUGGCCGAGCCGUCUCCGUCCUUCUGUCUGUCCCUGGGACUGGUCAGUUUCCAUCUUGUGUCCUCCUGUCUGUCCUUGGACUAGUCAGUUUCCAUCUUGUGACCUCCUGCCUGUCCCUGGCCUGGUCAGUUAACAUCUCGUGUCUUUCUGUCCGUCCCUUGACUGGUCAGGUUCCAUCCCAUGUCCUUUAGUCUGUCCCUAGACUAGUCAGUUUCUAUCUUGUGUCCUUCUGUCUGUCCCUGAGUUGGUCACUUUCCAUCUUGUGGCCUUCUGCCUGUCCCUGGCCUGGUCAGUUUCCACCUCGUGUCUUUCUGCCUGUCCCUUGACUGGUCAGGUUCUAUCUCGUGUCCUUCUGCCUGUCCCUGGACUAGUCAGUUUCCAUCUUGUGUCCUUCUGUCUGUCCCUGAGCUGGUCAGUUUCCACCUCGUGUCCUGCCUGUCCCUGGCCUGGUCAGUUUCCACCUCGUGUCCUCCUGCCUGUCCCUGGGCUGGUCAGUUUCCACCUCGUGUCUUUCUGUCCGUCCCUUGACUGGUCAGGUUCCAUCUCGUGUCCUUCUGCCUGUCCCUGAGCUGGUCAGUUUCCACCUCGUGCCCUUCUGCCUAUCCCUGGCCUGGUCAGUUUCCACCUCGUGUUCUCCUGCCUGUCCCUGGCCUGGUCAGUUUCCACCUCGUGCCCUUCUGCCUAUCCCUGGCCUGGUCAGUUUCCACCUCGUGUCCUCCUGCCUGUCCCUGGCCUGGUCAGUUUCCACCUCGUGUCCUUCUGCCUGUCCCUGAGCUGGUCAGUUUCCACCUCGUGUCCUUCUGCCUGUCCCUGGCCUGGUCAGUUUCCACCUCGUGUCCUUCUGCCUGUCCCUGGGCUGGUCAGCUUCCAUCUCGUGUCCUUCUGUCUGUCCCUGAGCUAGUCAGUUUCUAUCUUGUGUCUUUCUGUUUGUCCCUGGCCUGGUCAGUUUCCACCUCGUGUCCUGCCUCUCCCUGGGCUGGUCGGCUUCCAUCUCGUGUCCUUCUGUCUGUUCCUGGACUAGUCAGUUUCCAUUUUGUGUCUUGUUUAUCCGUCCCUGGACUGCUUAGUUUCCACCUCGUGUCCUUCUGCCUGUCCCUGCUGGACAAGUCAGUUUCCAUCUUGUGUCUUGUUUAUCCGUCCCUGGACUGCUUAACUUCCACCUCGUAUCCUUCUGUCUGUCCCCGGACUGGUCAGCUUCCAUCUCGUGUCCUGUCUGUCCCUGGACUAGUCAGUUCCCAUUUCGUAUCUUGUCUGUUCGUCCCUGGACUGCUUAGCUUCCACCUCAUAUCCUUCUGCCUGUCCCUGGGCUGGUCACCUUCGAUCAAUCAAUCCACCUCGUGUCCUUCUGUCUGUCCCUGCAGUGGUCAGUUUCCAUCUCCUGUUCUUUUGUCUGACUGUCCCUGGACUGCUUAGCUUCCACCUCGUAUCCUUCUGUCUGUCCCCGGCCUGGUCAGCUUCCAUCUCGUGUCCUGUCUGUCCCUGGACUAGUCAGUUUCCAUCUCGUGUCUUGUCCCUGGACUGCUUAGCUUCCACCUCGUAUCCUUCUGCCUGUCCCUGGGCUGGUCAGCUUCCACCUUGUGUCCUUCUGUCUGUCCCUGGGCUGGUCAGUUUCCAUCUCGUGUCCUGUUUGUCCUUGGAUUGGUUACCUUCCAUCGAGUGUCUUUCUGUCAGCCUGUCCCUGGACUGGUUAGCUUCCAUCUCGUGUCCUUCUGUCUGCCCCUGGACUGGUCAUUUUCCAUCUCGUGGCCUUCUGUCCGUCCCUGGACUGGUCAGUUUCCAUCUCGUGGCCUUCUGUCUGUCCCUGAACUUUUUAGCUUCCACCUCGUGUCCUUCUGUCCGUCCCCAGUCUGGUCAACCCCAUCGCAUGACUGGCCCUUUGUCCCUGGCCUGAGCAAUCGCCACCUCCGACACCCCCCCCACCCCCACCCCGUCGUAAGAAUAUUUACUGUUUCUUUUACUCGUAUUAUUUAAACCCCCGAAAUCGAGAGUUAUAUUUAUAAGAGGAGAAAUAUUAUUUAAAGAGAAAGACGUUUAUAUUAAAAAGAAAAAGCCUUCUAUUUAAAGAACUUAUUUUGGGGGCCUUAGACUCCGGGUUGGGAGACUUUCAGGAUUAUAGGGGAAAAGUGCUGUGUAAAAAGGAAUACACGGAAAAACAGGUUUUAGCCAGAGAAGUUUGACCACCGUGAAACACCAAGGAAAAGGAAAGGGGAGGAUUCUGUUAUCUGGUGGCUUUUGAGAGCGUUUCUGUUUCUUUUUGGCACAUAGGGCAGCCUUUGCCCAUUGUGACCCACCAGAAAAAGCGUCACCCUCAUCCCUCCAAUAUUUUCCAUUCAUCGCCAAUCACCAUCCCCUUGCAGUGCAGGUUGCUCGCUUGCAUUUUGUCUUCCCUCACUACUCUGAUUCCCUAUCUGUCCUCUCCUCUUAGAUGUUCUUCUGUCUUCUCCAACCGGCUUCGGGUUAGAUUUUUGUAAGCAAAUCGCCACCUUUCCCGGUUUGGUUUCGAUUUUUUUUCCCCCCUUGCUCGUCUCCUUCAAAGACUGACUCCUGGCGGGGCUCGGGGUUUUGGGCGGUGGGGAGAUGAACACCACUGCCAGUAGCUAUCCUAUGGCGUCUCUGUACGUGGGUGACCUGCACCCCGAUGUCACAGAGGCCAUGCUCUAUGAGAAGUUCAGUCCUGCAGGGCCUGUCCUCUCCAUUCGAGUCUGCAGGGAUAUGAUAACCCGCCGUUCCCUGGGUUAUGCCUAUGUCAACUUUCAGCAGCCAGCUGAUGCUGAACGCGCCCUGGACACCAUGAACUUUGAUGUGAUUAAAGGCAAGCCCAUCCGCAUCAUGUGGUCGCAGCGGGAUCCUUCCUUGAGGAAAUCUGGGGUUGGCAAUGUCUUCAUCAAGAAUCUGGAUAAAUCCAUAGACAACAAAGCCCUCUAUGACACCUUCUCAGCGUUCGGGAACAUCUUGUCCUGCAAGGUGGUGUGUGAUGAGAAUGGCUCUAAGGGCUACGCGUUUGUGCACUUUGAGACCCAGGAUGCCGCCGACAGGGCCAUCGAGAAGAUGAACGGCAUGCUGCUCAACGACCGCAAAGUGUUCGUGGGUAGGUUCAAGUCCCGAAAAGAGAGGGAGGCCGAGUUGGGCGCCAAAGCCAAAGAAUUCACGAAUGUUUAUAUCAAAAAUUUUGGGGAUGACAUGGACGACGAAAGACUGAAGGAACUUUUUAGCAAAUAUGGUAAGACCCUGAGUGUAAAGGUGAUGACAGACCCCAGUGGGAAGUCCAAAGGCUUUGGCUUUGUGAGCUUUGAAAAACAUGAGGAUGCCAAUCAGGCAGUCGAAGACAUGAACGGGAAGGACAUCAACGGGAAAAUGGUAUUCGUCGGCCGGGCGCAGAAGAAAGUCGAACGCCAGGCCGAGCUCAAACGGAAAUUUGAACAGCUGAAGCAAGAGAGAAUCAGCCGCUACCAGGGAGUGAAUCUGUACAUUAAGAACCUGGAUGACACCAUUGACGAUGAAAAACUAAGGAAGGAAUUUUCUCCUUUCGGGUCCAUCACCAGUGCGAAGGUGAUGCUCGAGGAGGGACGGAGCAAAGGCUUUGGCUUCGUCUGUUUCUCCUCCCCCGAGGAGGCCACCAAGGCGGUGACGGAGAUGAACGGGCGGAUCGUGGGCUCCAAGCCCUUGUACGUGGCCCUAGCCCAGCGGAAGGAGGAGCGAAAGGCCCACUUGACUAAUCAGUACAUGCAGCGGAUCGCCGGAAUGCGGGCCCUCCCUGCCAAUACCAUCAUCAACCAGUUCCAGCCAGCCGCGGGGGGCUACUUCAUGCCCGCCGUUCCACAGGCUCAGAGCAGACCCACGUACUAUGCACCCAAUCAGAUGGCUCAGAUGAGACCCAACCCUCGCUGGCAACAAGCAGGGAGGCUGCAAGGCUUCCAAGGAAUGCCAAACGCCAUGCGCCAGUCUGGGCCUCGCCCAGCUCUGCGCCACCUGACCCCAGCGGGUAACACUCAGGCCUCUCGCGGCCUCCCGGCCGCUCCCCAGCGAGUUGGGGUUCCUCCUGCCACGCAGAACUUAGCUCCCCGCGCCCCCGUGGCGGCCACCGCUCCCCGGGCCGUCCCUCCUUACAAAUAUGCCUCAAGCGUUCGCAGCCCCCACCCUGCCAUUCAGCCUUUACAGGCCCCUCAGCCUGCUGUGCACGUGCAAGGACAGGAGCCUCUUACAGCUUCCAUGCUGGCAGCCGCUCCACCUCAGGAGCAGAAACAGAUGUUGGGAGAACGCUUGUUCCCACUGAUCCAAGCUAUGCACCCCAGCCUAGCGGGAAAGAUCACAGGGAUGUUGCUGGAGAUCGACAAUUCCGAGCUGUUGCACAUGCUGGAGUCGCCCGAGUCCCUCCGUUCGAAGGUGGAGGAAGCCGUGGCAGUGCUACAAGCUCACCAAGCCAAGAAGGAAGCAGCCCAGAAAGUGGGCGUGGUUGCUGCUACCUCUUAGAUGGGGAAGGCUGGACGUCAAGAAGCCGAAUACCCCCUUCGUAGAUAUUAGCUUAAAAUGUGUGGAGAUGUCUUCACUGUCCCGUAGAUCCGAAUGCCAAGAAAUAUAUCACCGAAGUUUUUUGCCGUUUUUGUAAACUUUUCUUUGAAAAGCCAUUUCAGAAAGUCAGUUUGUCGAAAAGGUCUGGGCUUUCAGGAUCCAAGUUUUUUUUUUUUUUUUUGUCUGUAGCCGGGGCAGUGCCGACACCUUCCUUUUUUCUAAACUGAAGGAACUUUUCUGACUGAAAGUAUUUUUGGGGAUUUCGGUUUUAUCAGGAGUUGGUUUUAUUUGGACUCUCCAGUUUGUGAAGUCUGGUAAAGUUUCUCAAUAAAGAAAUAAAAACCUUCA